AUGUUAAUACUAAUGCGUAUGUUAAUUUUUACAUCUCUAAUAAUAAAUAAAACUAUUGGGAAAUUAGAUGUAGUUAAUGUAAGUUUAAGAAGUUUAUGUGAAAUGAAUCAAGAGUUUGUUGAAAAAAAGAAGAAGAAAAAGGAGAAGAAAAAGGAGAAGAAGAAGAAGAUAUUUAGUAAAAUACGUGUAAAAGGUAGUAAAACGUUAGAAGGAUUUUUUUCCAAUACAUUAAAUGGAAUAAUAUUCAAAAAUAUAAAAGGCAAAUGUGAUGGUGAAUCAAGUGAUAACGAUAGUGAAAAAUCAAUAUCAUAUAUGGAAAAAAAUGAUAUAAAUAAUGAGGAAGAUAAUAAUGUUAAUUUUUGUCGUUACAAUAAUAUCGUGGAUAAUAGUAUAGAUAUUUUAGAAAAUGUGAAUAAACCAAAUAAGGUGAUAUAUAAUUGGAAAUUGGGUAAAGAAUCAUUACUUAAAAUGUUAAGUAUGUCAAAAGACUUUUCUAUAAAUGGUGUGAAAUAUGAAAAAUGGAAAUUAUCUCCUAUAGAUUUUGGUGAUAUGGAUGAUAUAUAUAAACAAAAAAAGAAAAAUAUGUUCAAGUCAAUAAUUUGUUCAUCAAGUGGAAAUAGUAUAAAUAAUACUAAAGUGUUUAUUAAAAAAAUAAAUAUUAUGGAUUGGUUAAACCAAUUUGAUUGUAUGGAUAAAUAUGAUGGAGAAUAUAUGUAUACUAAAGAUAAUUUUGUUAUGGAGGCAGUGGCUUUAUCAUUUUUAGAGGAAUGUCAUAAAGGAAUAACUCCAAAAUUACAUAAAAUAUUAUUUGAACCAGAUGAUAAUAAAUUUUAUGAAAAUGUAUCUUCUGAUUAUAUGUUUAGUAGUUUAAUAAAUUUUAACAAUGUAUUACGAAAUGGAUUAGGUAAAAAUUUAAAUGGUAAUAUCGUAAUUGUAUCUGAAUUAUAUGGUGACGAUAUAUUGAAAUUUAAGAAAAAAAUGCUAAAAGUUUACCCAAAAGUUUUUAAUAAAAAAAAUAAAAAAAAAAUACUUUUCGAAUGCUUAAAAUUAAUAGAUAAAUUACAUGAUACGGGAUUAUCUCAUCUAGAUAUUACUCCAGAAAAUAUUUUAAUUUCAGAUAAUUUUGAAUUUCGAAUAUGUGAUUUUGGUAAAUCUACACCUCUAUACACCAAUAAAAUGAGACACAUAAAAAGAUGUCAUACUAUGUUUUCAUUUGAAUCAUGUUGUCCAUAUGUAGGAAAAAUGCCUUUUAUACCACCAGAAUGUUUAAAAUUAUAUAAAAUUUAUAGGGAACGUUCUAUACAUGACCCAUUAAAAUAUUUAAAUUCCAUUUGGGACACGGAUGAAAGGAGAAAAUAUUAUUUUGAUGUCACUGAUGCUGAUAAAUAUAUGCUUGGUAUUUUAUUUAUUUGGAUUUGGAAUGAUGAUUAUUUAUGGAAUUGUUCUGAUCCAUUAACAGAUAAAAAUUAUAUGAAGUUUGAAAAAAAUAAUAUGAGUUUGGAUACAUUUAGAGUUACUAAAAAGUGGCCAAAGGAUAUAAAAAUUAUGAUUAAGUACUUAAUUGAUAUAAAAUAUAGGAAAAAUAUAAAAUUAAAGGAUUUAAUUAAACAUCCAUGGUGGUUUAGAAAGUAA